UUGUAAUAUGGAUGUUUAAUAUUAAGGUUAUGUAUUUUAAAGUGCAACCAAAUUAGAAAAAAAUAAAUGAACAUAAAUCUUAUAAAUAUUAUUAUUGCUUAAAAAAGUAAGAAAAUUUUAACGAAAUAAUAAAAAUUUAUUAAAUAAUGGCUAAACAAGGAAAAGAUUUAGCAUUGUCAAUGUUGCGAACGUUACCGAGACUAUCUUUAAAUAAUAUUCGAGAUAAUCCUGGUGCAAGAAAACCUUCAAAACGUGGUAGAGGUCAACAUGGUGGAGAUAAACAUGGAGCUGGUAAUAAAGGUUCAGGUCAAAGACAGAAUUUUAUGAGACCUGGAUAUGAAACUGGAAAUAAUCCAUUUUAUCUUAGAUUUAGUUAUGAACCAUAUUAUAAAGGACAUCAUUUAAGAAGAGAAUAUCCUCCUUUAUCUCUACAAAAAUUACAAUUAUAUAUUGAUACAAAUAGAAUAGAUCCAUUCAAACCUAUUGAUUUUGUAUCUAUAAUCAAUACUGGAUUAUAUGAUUUUAAAAUAGAAUGGAAACAUGCAGGUAUUCAUCUUACAGAUGAGGGCUCUGAUAAUUUUAAAGCAAAAGUAAAUAUAGAAGUACAAUGGGCUAGUGAACCUGUAAUUGCAGCAAUUGAAAGAAAUGGUGGUACUAUUACUACUGCUUAUUAUGAUACUAAUUCUUUAUUUGCAAUGCAGGAUGUUGAAAGAUUUUUUACUACUGGAGAACCAAUACCACGCAGAUUAUUACCUCCAACAGAUUGUUUAGAAUAUUAUAUGAGUGCAGCAACAAGAGGAUAUUUAGCAAGUCCUGAAGAAAUUUCUCAUGAACGUUUGAUUUUAUCUCAAAAAUAUGGUUAUGAAUUACCAAAAAUUGAAGAUGAUCCUGAUUAUGAAAUGCUUAUAGAACGUAAAGAUCCUAGACAAUUAUUCUAUGGUCUUUCACCUGGUUGGGUUGUUAGUCUUAAAGACAAAGCAAUUCUUAAACCUAAAGCUGAAUAUCUUAAGAAAUUUUAUUCAAGUUAAAGUAUUUAUUUGUAAAAUGUAUUUAGUAAAUAAAUGAAUAACUUUUAAAAUAA